AUGCUCCACGACAUAUUGAAGUCGCUCAAUUUUCGCCAGAGCUACACGGACAGCUGCUUUUACAAUCAAGAGGAUAUCAAGGGCUACACGGACAGCUGCUCAUACAUUCAAGAGGAUAUCAAGGGCAAGACACUCGUGGGCAUAUAUGUGGAUGAUUUACUAGCUACGGGUACCAGUGUAAAGAAGGUUGACGAGUUCUUUAAUGGCAUGAAGGUUGUUGAGCUUAAGGAUCUCGGCGCCGUUGCCAAGUUUCUUGGCAUCGUUUUUGACUAUGAUGUCGAAUCCGGCUGGGAAUUAGACCAGGAAUGUGUCAUCGAAGAAAUGCUCGAGAAGUUUGGGUUGUCCAAGUAG